CGUCGUUAGGUCACGCAACAAGCAGCUGUUAAUACUCAAUGGAUGUACUGGACUCCAUAGACUCUGAUGAAUUGCUCAGUGAUGACGGGGAAUUAAUGUUGGAGAAUUUUCCUCAUCCCUGGGCGGAUGUUAAUUCUGAUGUUGAAGAAAUUAGUCCCAUAAAGCCACGAGCCGCUCCAGUCAAACCACCAAAACGUCGCUACCGUGGCCCGUAUCCAUCCUUAGAUCCGAGCCCCAUUUUAUACCAUAGGUCGCGCCUCUCAAUUUCCAAGUUUCAAAAGUAUAAGAAAUUUUUUCCGUCCACAGUGACUGUCCGAUGUCCCGAUUCGGAGGAUAUUGUAACCGAUCCUCCUAAAGGUCACUUUUUUGGGGUGCAUAUUCUCUCCAUAAAAUUAGGAUUCCGCUUUCCCACACACCCUUUGAUUAUCGAGUUUUUAAAUGAUCUUGAAAUUUCACCUUGUCACUUGACUCCGCUCGGUCAUCAGUAUCUGGUAGCUUUCCUGGUCCGGUGUGAGACACUUGGGAUUGAACCGUCCCUAGACCUCUUCAAGCACAUGUUCCGAGCUGGGCAGUGCUCGGCAUCUGAUAGUCUGUCCUGGGUGUCUAUCUCUCAGCGCAACCACUUUGAUAUGUGGAAGGUCACUCGUAGCAACGAAGCCAAUUGGAAAGAAGAAUUUGUCUAUGUGUCGUCUGGAUCUCCGUUACCUUUUUCAUCGUCUUUGAAUUGUCGAUUUAAGAAGUAUUCGUACCCGAAACUUCCAGUUGACCAGGAGACAUGGCCGGCUAUGAUUCUUUCUGGAGGACCGUAUAGCCUCUCUGCCUUUACUUCCGAGGACCGCCUAACCACGGUUGGACUCUAUUCGCCGUCACCAUGUUCGGGUGCACACGCAUCCACGUCCACGGAUCAAGAUAUGACAUCGCGGUUGGAGAUGUUCCAAAGCUUCGACCAGGAUGGGCCUCGCGGUAGUGACCAGGGGCGCUCUGACAAGAAACCAAGGGUUCCCUCCGUCACAAAAGGCAAGGAUGCCAUUGUAACUGUGCCUUCAUCCAUUGCAAAACGCAGGGCCGCUAGCCCCGCAGCCCGUGUCACCCGUAGCAUGAGUGAUAUUCCCACGGCGGGGAUGACUACUUGGUUACGAGGUAACAUUGAGUUACCUCCGCUCUUAUCACAGGUGAUCACGGCGACUGAGAAGGAGAAAAUUUCAACACUUGACCAUGCUGCUUUAGAGAAGAGGAGCCACCAUGGCCUGGCCGAGCUACUGUUGUCCAUCUCCGAGGUGAACCGAAGGAAAGAUGAGCGCGAAAAAGAUUUGUCGCUACAACUCACCGAAUUAGCGAAGGAGGUGGCAUCGCUCAAGCUCGUGCGUGACUCACAUGCAGCCGAGGUCACUGUGCUUAAAGAAAUGCACGCCGUGGAGUUGGCCAAUGCAAGGGGGCGGGCCGUGGAUGCAUACAAGAAUUCUCCAGAGUUCGUGUCUGAUCAGGAAGCAUACAUUAAUGCCCACUUGAACGAUAUUAGCAAGCAUUGGUUGUCUACUCCGGAAGGUCGUGAGAAACUGGCCUUAGAGAGCUACAUCUCCUACCAGAUCGGGAUAUAUGCCACUCAACAGAAAGUAUAUCCUAUCUUGAGGGAUAAGGCUGGUGCCUCUUGCAUCACUGAUUGGGGACUUCCUCCUGAGGUUCCCAACCCUGAGAUCCCGGUAGCCAACACGCCCCUGGACUAUAUUCCUUUUGACAGACUCCCCACUGAUGAGGAGCUUGGCGAUCUUCCUUCCGAGACAGAUCACCCAGCUUCGACUGCUUCUGUGCCUUAGAGCAUGCAUGGGAGUGACGGAUGGACGUAGUGUAGACUUUAAUUCUGUCAUGUCUUCAAUUACGAGUACCUGAAUUGCUAAACAUGUUUUGAAUUUCAUAAAAUAAUAAUGAUGCAUGUC